AUGGAAUCUUGGCAUGGUUUACGGUUUUCGGCAGUCCAGGGAUUUCGGUCUACCUAUGACAAACUACACGAUGAGGAGCGUCUGGAAUUCGAAUCCGUCUCCGAGUCGAGACAACGGCGUGAAAUCUCUUGGGACUUGGUAAUCAUUGUGGUGCUGCUGUAUACACUAGAGCCUCUGAUUACUCUGCUGUGUCUGAAUGAGCAACUCUUCAGCCCUCGAGUUACCUUGCCAAGUCCUAGUGUCUCAUAUACUGCCAAUGGAACAGUCAAAUCAAAUCGAAUUCCCUUGGUCCUGCAUCAGACUACCGCAACGGAAGAAAUUCCAAAACGUUGGAUACAGCCACAACAAAGUUGCAAGAAGGCAUAUUCAGAAUUCGAAUACAAGCUAUGGACUGACGACUCAGCGCGCAAGUUUUUGUCAGAGCACUACUCUUGGUUUGUCCCAAUCUGGGAUAAUUAUGCAUUCCCUAUCCAGCGGGCCGACUCGAUUCGCUAUUUUGUUUUGUAUCACUUUGGCGGUAUUUACAUAGACAUGGAUACUGUCUGCAACAGUACUCUCCCAGUCCACAAUCUUGGGUCGCCCAAAGUGAAAAACUACGCUCUUUUCAAAUCAACCCGGCCCACAGGAAUCACCAACGAUCUAUUGGUGGCGUCUCCAAGGCACCCCAUCUACGCAUCGGCAAUCUCGAAAUUGCCUGCCUACAAUUUAUUGACUCAGGGCUGGGCUCGACUACAGCCAUAUGGUGCUAUCAUGAUAUCCACCGGACCCUUAUUUUUAACAAUGGUGGUGAAGGAUUAUUUACUUGAGUCCAGUUCCCUUCAAUCGAACACCGCAGGGGUCUUUAACCAAACCGAGCUCGCCCCUUAUACAACUGAUCUUGGGAGCAGUACUUGGCAUCGAGCAGAUGCAAGAAUGCUCUUGUGGAUUGGAGAGCGACCGUGGCUAUGGUUCACUUUGGGAGCUUUUGUCCUCCUAGCUGUCCUUUACAUGGUCGAUCGUCUGUUACUGCUUGUCUGCGCUCGUUUUCGAAAGGGACCCUCAGAUAUCCAAGGAAUCAAGUUGGACAAGGAGGCAUAA